AUGGAGGACGAAGGUAACCAUGGGAACGACGAUACGAGAUGCUUCAUCCUGUCGACGCUGGCCACUCUACAGUGGUCCAGGGUGUCCUGCGUGCUAUGCCGCACGCCUAUGCUCGUGUUCGACAGGUAUCCCCUGGUGGACGGCACGUUCUUCUUGUCUCCGAGGCAGCAUUCGCCCGCCUGCGCUGAGGUGAAGGUCGAGGGUCGCACGCAAUUCUUGUCGGCGGUGUGCAUGAGUUGCCUGGAAGGCAGCGGUGGUCAGCCUGUGCGUUGUCGUUGCUGUACCAAGCCGUGGGACGGGUCUAGCUUAGUCCUUGGAACGAUGUACAGCUACGAUAUCUUUGCUGCCAUGCCCUGUUGCACCGAACGACUCAAGUGCAACAGCUGCCAGAAGCCGCUGAUCUAUCCUCACCAGCGGCUCAACUUCUACUCGGACUACAGUCGCGUGUUCGCCUGUCCGCAUUGCCGGGCGGUGGACGCCCACUUCGUGAAGCCUCUGUCUAUCUGCUUCACCCGCGAGCAGUUUCAGCUUUACAGCCAGUGGCCGUAA